AUGUAUACACGGGUCACAACGGGUCAACGGGUCGGGUCAAGGAUUGCGACCCCUAAUACUGACUGGCGCAAAUUUUACGAUCCUAUCGCAUUUCAUCGAUGGCGCAGUCUGUAUGACACUUUGGUUGCUUCACCAUCAACAGCAGCCAAUGAUUGGUCAAACCGAGACCGUCGCAAGUCGAUAUGCUCAUCAUCGGAUAUACGAGGAGGCAGCCAACAACAACAACAACAACAACAACAACAACAACAACCAAAUAUCCGGGACCGAUUUUCCGUUUUGCUCAGCACAUACAAACCGGAACGCAUUUACAAUCCAGCUUUGUACAUGAAAUUUUCGUCACUUGGCACAAAUUAA